AUGGCCGGCCGCCCGGCGGCUCUCAACUCCUGCCAACAAGCGUGUCUCCGUUCCCUCCGCACUAAUCAAGGUCCAGCCGAUGGAGCAGCUGCUAACACAAACCAGCCGAGCAGCCCUUUGAAGGUCACAGUGAAGAUUAUCAAAGAUCCACUCCUGGACUACGGUUUUAUGGUCUCAGAAGAUUCACCAGUAUGUGUGAAGUCUGUCACUGCAGGUGGUCCUGGAGAGGGAAAGCUAUUCCCAGGUGACCAGAUUUUACAAAUUAACGACAUGCCUCUGGAUACAAUUUCCCAGGAACGUAUCGAUAACAUUAUUAGGGAAUGUGGUAACACUGUUACAGUGACUGUCCUGCGAAAUACCCCUGGGCCCAAGUCAUCAUUUAUUACUGAAGAAAAGCGAGCCAGAUUGAAAAGCAACCCAGUCAAAGUACACUUUGCUGAGGAAGUGAUCGUCAAUGGCCAAGUACAGGGUAACUCGCUACUCUUAAUGCCUGGUAUUCUCAAGGUGUAUUUGGAAAAUGGACAGACCAAAGCCUUUCGAUUUGAGAAAAAUACAACAGUGAAGGAUAUCAUCCUCAGCCUGAAGUCAAAGUUAUCCAUCCGUUGUAUUGAGCAUUUUGCUCUGGUUUUGAAGGAACGAUACACUAUCAACAAGAUCUAUAUCUUACAUGAUGAUGAACUCAUUGAGCAGGUGGUCCAGAAGCGAGAGCCCCGUGAUUAUAGGUGUCUCUUCAGGGUUUGUUUCCUGCCAAGAGAUCCACUUGUACUUUUACAAGAUGAUCCAGUUACUUUUGAAUACCUCUACUCACAGAGUUGCAAUGAUGUGCUGCUGGAGAGGUUUGCGAUGGAGAUGAAAUACAGCACUGCUAUCCAUCUCGCAGCACUGCAAAUUCAGGAAUGCAUCCUCAGCUCCAACCAUUCUGAGAAAGUCUCCAUGAAGUACAUUGAGAUGAAUUGGGGAAUUGAGAAUUUUGUCUCAUCAACUGUACUUGACAACAUGAAAGAGAAAGAUAUCAGAAAGGCCAUUAACUAUCACCUUAAGAACAAUCAUAGCUUGAUUGCACCAGGACAAAAGCAACUGAUAUCCACGGCACAAGUCCGGCUGAAUUACCUGAACAUACUGAGUGAUCUUCGAGCAUAUGGAGGGAAAACCUUUAACGCAACCCUUCUGCUGCAGGACAGCGAAUCAUUUAUCACAUUGUUGGUCGGAGCGAAAUACGGUAUCAGCGAAGUUGUUAACAGCAAACUCAAUAUUAUAAACCAGUUAACAGACUUCAACAACAUCCAGAAGUUGGAAUUGACCUUUGAGUAUGAGAAGAUCAGCGUGGUGAACAUCUACCUGGUGGAUGUGAAGUCUCUGACGUUGGUACUGGAAACUCGUCAUGCUAAAGACCUUGUGUGUUUGAUUGCUGGAUAUCAUAGGCUAUAUGUGAAUUCAACAGACUCCAUAUUCAUCUGGCCUGGCAACUAUCAAAGUCAGACAACUGAAGAAGGUGACGAGGCCCAAAGAUUAAGUGAUUCAGAGUCAUCAUCAGACAUUGAGUCUUUCGAUAUCCACAAAUUGAGAAAUGGAUUCAUAGGGCCUCUGACUGAAGAAAAUGAGGACAUUGAGAACUCGGAAAGUGAGGCUACAGACAGUGACUGCUUACGGGAGAAUAUCCAGGAAGAGACCAGUUGCAGCACAGGGGAUGUGUCUGAUCUGAAUGAUGAAGCAACAAGUCAGGGAGGAGACUUUUGUGAUAGAAGCUGUUCUGCUGACUCUAUGGACGAACUGCAAACGGAGACUUCAGCUCCACACUCACAUGGUGAGAUUUCUGAAGAUGAUGACAAAGAUUCUAACACUGAAGAGAGUGAUGGUGAGCCAGUUACAAAGAAGCACUGCACCAUGGAAUUGAAAGACAGUUUUGAACAACCUUCAGCAGACUCCUUAGCCUCUACUUCGACCCUUUCUAAAUGCUUUGCAUGUUUUACAAAGGUGGUUUGCUCUAUUCCUGACCUCAGCCAAAGUGAGAACCCAUGCACUGCAGAAGUUUGCAACCAGUGCCCCAGGAACGAGGAUGACAGUUAUGCAGAAGGGGACAAGUCUUGGAAUUUGACAAGUCAUGGCCUGCUCACUGAGUUACCACCUGCUAUUGAUGGGGACUUAUACAGUGAGGUCCUCACUAUCCCGAUUCUGGCUCCUCCCCCUGACGAAUUUUUCGAUGCAGCUGAAAAGGUUACUCAUCUGGAAGGUUCAGGUGACAUCAAAUUCAGUGGAACUGAAGCAGAGUUGGAGUCUGCCAAAAUUAAGGGGAUUGAAGCAAAACAAAAUGUGCAGAUAAGUCCAAGUCUUUUUGGCACAGGACUGGACAUCAAAUCUGUUGAAUGCAUCAAAGGUAAACCAGAAGAAAUAAAAUACACAACCACAGGAAAAAGACAUUUUGCAUCUGAUGACGUAUAUGAUUUUGAAGGCUCCAUUCUGUCACAAUUCAAGGCUGAAAGAUAUAGCAUGCCGAAUGGGUUCCAUCUGAUACAGAACAAUAUCAUGGAGCUACUCAAUGUGCUGAAAGAAUUCCCCAGAGAAAGUCAUAUUGAGGAAGAAUGUGCAAUACUUACUUCAUCAAUAAAGGAGAAAUUAUAUAUUGAAAGUGGAAAACUGAUGUCUGCUGGCCAGAAGGGCAUUAAAGUAGACCAGGCUCCUGUGGAGAUGCUCCUGGGAGUUUCUGAAAGUUUCCAGGCCCUCAUACAGCUAACAGCAACAUGUCUCCAGUUCACGACCUGCAUGCAUUGCGCAGAACGUCAUGCCGAAGUGGUCAAUAACUUAAAAGACGUUUCUUUGACUUAUAAAACCUUUGUGAAAAUCUCUCAGGAUGCAUGCAGCAGGAAGUGUGAUGACUUAAGAAUGAAACUCCUGGCUCAACAGUGUAAUGCACUGACUGCUGAUGUUUUCUGCCUGACGCAGUCAUUCAAAUAA